AAAAAGAAAGGAAAGGAAAAGGAGAAAAACAAAAAACGAAAAAGAAAAACUCCUUUACUCUUUCCAGAGAUCACCAUUGCUAACUUUCUGGGUAGUGUACUUCCAGUAUUCUCUAAGAAGAUAAAUACACCUAAUUUCACUUCACCAUCCAAAGAUGAUCACAUCAAUGCUAUUGCAUUCUUGUAAUUUUUUUUUUGUAUACCAGUGCCUAUGAACAUUUUUCAUGUUAUUAACUAUUUUGAUUUUUUAAAAUUGCCUAUUGUCCUUUACUUAUUUUUCUAAGAAGAGACAUUUCCUUAGUAAAGCUCUUAACAAGAAAAUGAACAUGUAUGUCAUGAUAAUGGCUUCAUUUGAGAAAGAUUAGCCUCUGUGUCUCUGGAGCUCCGUCCAAAGUAACAAGUUUUACAUUUAUAACUUAAUUUUUUAGCUCUUUGGGUCCAGAAAGCCUUACCUUACCUAUGAUUAUGUCACUAGUUACCAUGAUGACAAACAGUUUUCAUUGUAAUGUGACUCUCUUGAUUUAUUUUUCACUAUGGAAAUCAUGGUAUUUGUGUCCAGUCUUUGAGAUUGGUAAUGUCAUUUGUGUUUUGCAGAUAAGGAAACUGAGUGUCAGAGAGGGGAGGAGUAGUGAAUCUGGGAUUAGUCCCUGCAACUCUGGGCCUACACCUAGGCCUCCUCUGAUCCUCUUAGUCCUCUUAGGGGAAGAGAAGGUAGAGUAGAACUUGAGAAUAACAAAUAAUACCUCAUGGAGCCUUGUAGGUAAUGGAGGACUCAAAAAGCCCUUCAACCAAGCUCUUGACAUACAGACUGUUGUGUUCAAUCAUACUAAUUAUUGAAUUAGCAGACCUCAACUAACUACCGUUCUCCACUCUGAUCCUGGAAAGGCCAGAAGUCCUGAGGUUGUAAAGUGGAAGAUAGCAUUUAUUAAGCACCUCCUGGGUGCCAGGCACUGGAAAGGGCUGACUGUCUCAGUCCUUGCCCCAAAGGAGCACCAUUUGGUAGACAAGUAACAACAUGCUGUGGUAGACUCUGGCAUGGGGUUUGUGGUGAAUCUGUUGGACAGAAGAGGAAAGGAAAGGGAAUGUGGUAAUGUUAUAUAGGGCAUCUCUUAGGGUGUCAAGUGUGUUGUAUGAAGAUUUUAUGUAAUGCUGUACUCCCUAUGUAGAAGGAUGUUAGUCCUAUUUUCACACAAGGAGUCUAUGCUCAGGUUGAAUCACACCCUCAAGAAACAGCACAGCCAGGAAUUGAAGCUGGCUAGGCCUGUAACUGAGAGCUGGGACUUUUUCCUCUGUUCUCAGGAAGACUGCAGAAAAGGGCUCAGACAGACUCUGUGUGGUCUAUUACCUUGGGCAAGGGGAGCAGGCCCCUGGAAAGAAUAAAUAAGAGCAGGAAGCCGAGGGUUUUGCAACUACCAGGAGAAACUGAGGAAGGUGUGUUUGUAUUGAGAUUGGAGGCCAUGGCUUUUGCCCUUAGACUCAUUUGGGGGCAGUUUAGGGUCACAGAUCCGAUUCCCCAGAUUCAGAGCCCCUGGCCAGAGAGCGAAAUCCACAGCCACCGGAGUCGCCUGUGACUGUGAAGGCAUCAGAGCCGGGGCGGGGCAGUGGGAGUGGAAGAGGAGUCAUCGUGGCCCCGCCCCCAACUAUUGUGUCGUAGGAAGCAAGUGGGCAAAAGGACCCUUGUUAACCAAUCAGGGGGCGGUAUUUAAAUAAUCGAGCAGGGAGCCCCCCCCCAACACAAUCCAGCUCUCUAUGAGGUGGUCAAUUAGCGCGCACAGACCACACAAGCUAGCCGAGCAAGAGUGGAAUCUGUUGUGGAACUGAAGAGAGAAGGCGGACAGUGGGCUUGGCUGCUUGCAUUAUGGCCAGCUGUCGCCACCACUCAGGAUACCUGGCCGACGAUGAGGCUGGCCACAGUACGUACAUAGCACGGGUGCAGCCACCCAAGAAGCCACUGUUGCCAGAAAUGGGGUCAGCCUCCAAGCUGGGUCGUAUGCCCCACCCACCAUCAAUGGAUGGCAACUCAGCUUACCGGGGCCACCGCCAAACUGCUAAGGGCCCUCAGGCUUUUGGUAGCUUCUUGGAUUUCCUGACUGAGGGCCAGGUGUUAGACAGCCUACAGACAGUGGUGGAGGAGGCAACAGAGCGCAUGGCUGCUAUGAAGACAGAGGCUGGGGUGCCACUGGUAGAGGUCCAGGACCCAAUUGAGGUGCCAAGUGGUAGGCGGCCACGUGUUCGACCCAGCUUCAGCACUGUGCACCGACACCGUGCUCAGCCCAGCCUCUGUACUGGACGUCCCAACAAUUACCCAUCUUGCUCCAGCUCCAUGUCUGACUCCCAUAGCAGCCUCACAGCUGGCUGUCUGGGCUCCCACAGCUGGAACAGUGACUUGGGUGCACAAGGCUUAGGCUCAGUGCCACCCAUGAGGGACAAACUUCUACUGGAGAAAAACCUCAAGCGACUACUGCGGUUGGAGAAGAAAGGGAAAGGCCUGAGUCAGCCCAGUUCCAAGAGGGACUCCCUGCUAUGGGACUCACUGGGCAGCCAGGCCAGCAGCCAGCGGACCCGGGAGCAGCCAUUGUCUUGGUUCUCAGGGCUGCUGGGCUCCAGACCAGGCACUCCUGAAGCAUCAGAGAUGGGACCUGGAGAACGAGAGCUGUUUUUCCUCAAACGAGAAUUCAACAAGGAGAUGAAAUCUUUGCUGAGCCAGCCAGCAUCCUUUGACUUGCCUGGCUACUGUUCAGUCCGUCAGCCCCAUUGCACCCUGGACUUCCUGGCUAAGCACCACCUCUUUCCUGCUCUGCAGACUGUGGUCAGCCAGGCUGUGGACAAGCUCAGUUGUGCCCGCCGCCCAGAUGGCUGCCCUCUUUUUCCUGUCAACUGCGAUCCCAACCCAGCAUUGUCAUUUAACUUGCUACCACAAGACUCCAGGAUGGUCACACCCACUAGGAGAAGGGAGCACUAUGAUUCUUUCCUCAGUAGAGCCUCCAGCUCCAAGAUAACUCCCAGAAAAAACAAGGGCAAACGGGGCUCCCCCCCUGUGUCUAAUGCUCAGGUGGCCACCAAACUCAGGCUCAAGGUGAAACCUACAGAAGAGACCAAUGUCCCUAGCCCCUCACUUCACCCCAGGCAGGGGACUCCUGACUUAGAUCCCAAAUUACAGAAAACACCUGUGUUCCAGAGUUCCAGCCAGAAAACCAAGCCUUGCCAUGGCUUGCAUCUCACCCUGCCUGCACCUGGAAUCACAGUGGAGUUGGCAUCUAGUCAGGGUUGCCUCAGGGGACCAGUCCCACCUCCACUUGUCUCCUCCCACCCUCUUUCCUCCUACCUUUUCCCCAUCCUCUCCUCUUCGGCUUCAUUGAGUUCAAAGAGCCCCAGUGUCAAGUUCACGAAGAAGAAGUCGCUGCCUUCCAUCUCAUCCAAGUCCAGCAUAUCCCACCUCUCCAACCCCUGGUACGAGGAGCUCAUCAACUUCUUGGUUGAGCAGGCAGUCUCCUUGCUCAUCUGCAAGUACAAGUUUGAGAACAACCUCAAAAAGCAGCUUGGCUUCAUCUCCUUCCCAAUCACUGAGACACUCAUGGACCUUUUCCUGGGCUUCAAGAAAGUGAAGGGCUCCCAUAUCCGCCUGUCCUCGAAGAUAGACUGGCGCUGCCUGUUGCACAAGCUGGAGGAGGACCAUUUGCUACAUCAGGUCUCAAGGCAGGCCUCGCGGCUGGGAGCCCACCAUCCCAGUAGCAUCUCCCAGGUUGGUGCUUCCCAGGUCAGUGCCUCCCACGCCAGCACCUCCCACCAUCGUGUUCCCCAUUUUGGCCCUUCAUGGCGUAGCACAGUGCCCCUCACCCCACAAUCUACCAUGCAUCCUGAGCCAGUAACUGACCGGACCAAGGCCCAGGCCCAGGCCCAUUCCCAGGCCCAGGCACAGGCCCAGGCCCAGACCCAUUCCCAGGCCCAGGCCCAUUCCCAGGCCCAGGCCCAGGCCCAGGCCCAGGCCAUAGAGCCUGGCCCUUCCCUCAACAUUGAGCUGCCAAUCCUCCAGCUACACAGCACUCAGGAGCCUACUACAGAAGAGGGGAAGAUACCCACAAGCCUAUCAGAGCCCAAGCUGUCUGUGUCAUCCACCACCAGCAUGGGCUUCAGUCCUCCCGAGUCCAAGGAAAUGGUGAAUGUCGAGGACAUUGAUGGCAGUGACAAAGACAAGGAUAAGGACAGUGAUGAGGUCAAGAAUGAGGUUAAGGGCACUGAUAGUGAUAAGGACAAGGACAAGGAUAAGGACAGUGAUGAGGACAAGUAUGAGGAUGAGGGCAGUGAUGAGGAUGAGUAUGGUGAUGAGGAUGAGGACGAGUAUGAGAAUGAAAGCAGUGAUGAGGAAAAGGAGGAGGAUGAAGGCAGUGAUGAGGAUGAGGAUGAGGAUGAGGAUGAGGUCGAGGAUGAGAAUGAGGAUGAGGUCGAGGAUGAGGAUGAGGGCAGUGAUGAGGACAAGGAGGAGGGUGAGCAGUAUUCUGUGUAUGACAGCGAGUCCCAGAGCUUCCCUGAGCCUGGAUUGGAGACAACCAUUAACUACUCUGUGGACAUGGGCCACAGUGACCCCCCAUGAUGUCCCCAUAAGCCACACAAAGUGCUCCAUUCCCUGCUCCUGCUCCUGCUCUUUUGGAGUGACUUCCCACUCAAUUGGCCCCUGCCCUGAGCAGCGGUCAGGAUGGGAUGAGAAUACCCAUGAGAAUUUCUGCUGAUCCUCUCAGGGAAGCCAAUGAGAGAAACAGAAAUAAAUAUGUUCAUUUCUCAUUCUGA